UGCCACCGCCACCAUGUUGAAUCAGGAAGUGGGCAGAGUCGAAGCAGGAAUCCCGAAGCCGAGCUUAGCGAAAACGGCCGUCUUUAUUUGAUCGGGUCAAACCAUUUCACUUUUUCUUCACCUUUUCAAACAUCAGAGGUUGCAUGCUGCGCAGCUCUCUGGCUGGUCGAGGUAGGCGCUCUUCCAAGCAUUUGAUCGUUUUGCAACACCAGCUAUGGCCGCUCUCACGCACAGAGCCUCGGGCCUCGUUCAGCGGAGGACCGAGGCCAUUCGCAGCGCCGCCGCCGACAAGGAGAGGGAGUCCGACGGGGAGGAGGACGAGGUGCGCCGCGGGGAGGAGGAGGACGACGACAAGGGCGACUCGAAGGAAACGAGGCUCACACUGAUGGAGGAAGUGUUGCUGCUGGGCCUCAAGGAUCGAGAGGGCUACACGUCUUUCUGGAACGACUGUAUUUCUUCCGGCCUUCGAGGGUGUAUGCUGGUGGAACUGGCCCUCAGAGGGAGGCUACAGCUGGAGGCCUGUGGUGUGAGGAGGAAAAGCCUGCUCUCAAGGAAGGUGAUCUGCAAGUCGGAUGCCCCGACAGGAGAUGUGCUACUGGAUGAGGCCUUGAAGCAUGUGAAAGAAACCCAGCCUCCAGAGACUGUGCAGAGCUGGAUAGAGCUGCUGAGUGGAGAGACCUGGAAUCCCCUCAAGCUACAUUACCAGCUGAGAAAUGUAAGAGAACGUCUGGCGAAAAAUCUGGUAGAGAAAGGUGUCCUCACCACGGAGAAACAGAACUUCCUGCUCUUCGACAUGACAACACAUCCGCUCACCAACAGUACCAUUAAACAGCGCCUCGUCAAGAAAGUCCAGGACUCCGUCUUGGAGAAGUGGGUCAACGAUCCCAACCGCAUGGACAAGCGCAUUCUGGCCCUGAUCCUUCUGGCUCACUCAUCCGACGUCCUCGAGAACGCCUUUGCCCCCCUCCAAGACGAACAGUACGACCUGGGUAUGAAGAGAGUCCACACUCUACUGGAGCUGGAGCCCGAGAAGGAGAGCGCCAAGCCCAACGCUAACGAACUCAUGUGGGCCGUGGUGGCGGCGUUUACUAAAUGAAAACAUCUGAUUUGUUGGACUGAAAGAUCUGGCUAUGGUCUGUGUUAUUUAAUCGGUUGAAGGACUUCAGUUAAUGAGACAGACUUCACUCUAAUGAGACAAUCUAUUUUUGGAUGGGGAGCCUGUUUGUACAUCUAUCUUGAUGACUUAUUUUGGUGGUAGUCCAUAUUAACGCAGUGGAAUCUGAUCGGUGGUGGGCUUCACCAAGUAACAUUUGGCUGGUUGGAGCGAUCUCUUAAUUAAAAAAAAUAAAUAAAAGACUUGACUUCUAUCCUAAGGGGAAAAACCGGCCGCUGGCAUCGAUAUACAUGUAAACAUCGAUGUUACAAACAGAUGGUCUUCUGUUCAUGUGCACAACUUCAAAGAACAAAGCUGGUUGCAGCAGCAGCAGUCGUGGAUAUGAAGAUUUCUGACUGGGGCCAAGUUUCCCUUCAACAAUAAGGAAACCUCUCUCCAUCACUACAAGAACAGGCCAGAAUCCCGUGCUGGUCUCCAUACUGUCCCCUCGCGCUUAUGCAAGGUUACACCAUAGCAAAUCACACGGCUAACAAUGCUCUUUGUACUCUGCUUUCUCCUUUUCAUUCCCACAUGUAUUGGGACUACAAACAUGGUGUUACUGUAAGAAUAGAUUACCUGAUGUGUCUAGAUUCAGUCUGCCUUCUCCUUUUUCCCUCAUUUUGAGGAGGAAAGAGAGAACGCAAACUUGCACAACUUUGUUUGCUGGGUAAUUUGGGCCUUUCUAUCUCUUUCCCAGAUGAAGACUUAAACCUUUAGUCUAACCUUUUUUUUUUUUUUUUUUUUUUUGCAAAGGGUCCAUUCUGCUAUUUAUGGACUGAGACCAGUCUUCCAUUUGUAUUUAUGUUGCUUAUCGAUGCUUGGAGUAGAUGCCAUUUAUCAACUAUUUUGCACAGUCAGUAGCCCUGUAGAUAGGUCGUAGAUCAUAGUUAGCAAACAUGGUUAAAAAAAGAUCUCACUUAUUUUGUCUACAGCUAUUGAGCUUUAUGGUAUCUUGAAAUCAUUCCUCUGGAUAUAUAUUUAAAAAAAAAAAGCUUCUACUCAUAUUUUUAUGGUUGAGUUCUUAUGUAAAGAUGCAGGAAAAGCAGCAGCUGUUAAGAUGGUUCUUCUUAUGAUGAGCUGAGAAAUGUUAGCCACAAGGGCUAGUUUGAGUUCAGAAAAGUGUCUAGUAACCCAAAUUUAAAAAAAGUACAGUUCCCUACUUAAUACUAGUUGUAUUUUAAGUAGCCAUGCAGGUGGUUUUGGUUUAAUUUAGUUUUUGAGAAGUGUCAGAGAGAUGUAUUUAAUUUUUUAGAGGCUCAUCAGCUCUCCAUGGAGUUCCUGUGAUUAACCCAAACGGUUUCCUUUCAAUGUUUUUAUUUGGAACUACUUUUUUGUUGAAGUUAUCACCCCUAUGAAAGCCGAAUGAAUCACUAGGGGAGACAAUAUUUUGUGAAAUGUGGGUGAAUUAACGCCUUAAGUUUACCUUUUGCAAUAUUUGUCCCUGUUUGUAUGUCAUGUCAAAACAAGAUGUUAUCCCAAUCUCACAUGUUUUAUUGUUUCAUCCAUGCAGACUAUCAGAGGGGUUACUUGUGCCCCGGAUGAAUCCUCUGAUAAAGACUGAAACUGUUCUACAACAUGCAAUCUGUUGGAUAUAAAAGCAGGAUUGUUAUUGUCUUUCUGGUCUGAUGAGUGUGAUCUUUGUAUGCAGUUACAUUAUCUAUGGUUUCACGGCAUACGUAUAGUUCUGUCUCUCUUUUCUGCCUACAAAAUACCAAUGGGAAUGAAGAAGUGUUGAGAUGUUUACAGCAGAGAAACCAUGCAUGCUAUUGGUGGAGGGCCGGGUACUUGUGGAUGUAGCUACAGAGAAAAGGCUUGUAUGUAAUUAUUAGUCAUUUUAUGUGUACGAUCUAAAGGAAUUUAAAGAAAGGGAUCUUCUCUAUCCUCUAUAAUUAUGUAUGCUUUUGUAUUACCACACAAAAUAAAGUAAGGAUCCUUUAAGUGCCUGAAUUUA